AUGAGCACUGAGGACAAACCAUCGACGUCUAAAGACACGAAAAUGCCUGAGAAUGCAGCACCUAUCGCUUCUGCGGGCGAUGCAGCCGCUAGACAAGGAGACCAAAUAGAGGUUCUCGCUAAAGAAGCUGAGGAGUUGCGAAAGAAACUUGAUCAGGAACGUCAGAAGCUUAAUGACAUUCCUAUUCAACAGGCGGCAGAACGUCUGGAUCCACUGCCAAAUCUAGGUAUCAAGCAAAGACGGAUUUUGAAAGGUCAUGCCGGUAAAGUGCUAUGUAUGGAUUGGUCACUCGAUAAGAGACAUAUAGUUAGCUCGUCACAGGACGGCAAAGUUAUUGUAUGGGAUGGCUUCACAACGAAUAAGGAACAUGCUUUGACAAUGCCAACCACAUGGGUGAUGGCAUGUGCCUAUUCGCCUAGUAGUCAGUUAAUAGCUUGCGGAGGAUUAGACAACAAAUGUAGCGUCUUUCCAUUGUCGUUCGAAGACGAUAUUCUACAGAAGAAACGUAGUGUUGCGACUCACACGAGUUAUAUGAGUUGCUGCAUGUUUCUUCGCUCAGAUAAUUUAUUGCUUACUGGCAGCGGCGAUUCUACGUGUGCUAUAUGGGACGUGGAAAGUGGACAGAUGAUCCAAAACUUCCAUGGUCACACUGGCGACGUUUUCGCGAUCGAUGUGCCGAAAUGUGACACUGGUAAUGUGUUCAUUUCAGCAGGGGCUGACAAACACUCGCUUGUGUGGGACAUUCGCACAGGACAAUGUGUACAGUCCUUCGAAGGCCACGAAGCGGACAUUAACACGGUUCGUUUCCACCCGAAUAGCGAUGCGUUUGCAACUGGAUCCGACGACGCAACGUGUCGCUUAUUCGAUCUACGGGCCGAUCGUCAAGUAUGUGUCUACGAAAAGGAGUCUAUACUUUUCCCUGUAAACGGCGUCGAUUUCAGCGUUAGCGGCCGUCUUCUAUUCGCCGGUUACGGUGACUAUCGCGUCGGUGUGUGGGAUUCACUUAAAUGUGUUCGUCAUUCGGUCCUCUAUGGCCAUGAGAAUCGGAUCAGCUGUUUACGCACAAGUCCCGAUGGGACCGCAAUAUGUUCUGCCAGUUGGGAUUGCACUAUCAGGAUCUGGGCAUAA